GGCCACCCACCCCUGUCUGUGUGUGUCUGUGUGUUUGAGCUCGUGUGUAUCCUCUCUCUCACUCUCUCUGUGUAUACAACGUUGUGCCUCUACUACGUUCGUCUGUGGAGCGGCCGCGUGUACGAACGAUAAUGCUGGUGGCUGACGGUUUCGGUGAUCGACGACGACGCGGCCGGUGAACUAGUGACAGUGUGAAAUCGAUCGUCAGCAGGGAAACCGGCAAACGGUCGCACUAAAUAUACCCGGGAAUAAUGGCCAGCGCGACAAUGGGACUCCGUCGCAGAGUGCCGGUGAACAAUUCGCCAACCCCGUCCAGCCAAUCCGCGUCUUCCAGCGGUUCGUCGAGCAAACGUUCAAGGUCCGAGAACAACAACAGCCCUUCCCACGGUAAUCUGAACUCUAUGAACGGACCUCGAGAUGAACCACCCACGAAGAAAUCUCGCGGAACGUCUACUAACGCCAGCAAAAAUUCAUCACCGGAGACCAGUCCGUCGUCGAAGAGUCGAGGAGGUUCGGUGUCCAGGUCAGCCGCGCACAACAAAGCAUCCGCAGCUUCCGCGGCAGAAGCGAUGUCGAACAAUUGGCCAACCUCGACGAACAUGUCUGACGUGUCUACGUACGCUUCUGUAGCUGGUCUGAGCAUGGCUGCUAACCCUAACGCCGCUGGUCUCUGCGCCGGUAGCCUCAGUAUGCCCAGCCCGAUCCCUUACAUGUCCUCCUCGAUGGCGACGUUCGUUGGAAACGCGACGAACUUGGGGAAAAGUUCGGCCGUGUCGUAUCUGGACAUCUCGAAUAUGACCGGUGGUUCGUUGAGCUCGGCCACGUCUGCCGGUAUGAACUCUGGCUACGUUGGUAACGGAAACGCUGGUAACGCGAUGGAUACGAAGAACGGUGUUCCGAUGCCGUUUCCCGGGAUCGCUGGUGGCGUGAACGGGGCUGCUUACGGUUUGCAGAAGGGUCAGACAGACAGCGCUGGCCUACCGAAGAAAUUUCAGAACGACGGAAUGUUCAACGCUUAUCAACCGUGGGUGAUCAAAACGUACGGUGAUUUGGCGAAGACGAAGACUAUCACCAUCAAAAAGUACGCGCGUAUAUUGAGAACAUUGAGGGGCGAGGAAGUGAACAGUGCAGAGAACAGCAAGUUCCGGUUCUGGGUGAAGAGCAAGGGCUUCCACAUCGGGCAACCGGAAGGAUACGACGCGAAACCAGCGGACAGGAUUAUCGGGCGUCACGCGGUGACGAGUCCUGGAUUGGACCCUCCGCUCUACGUGCCCACACAGCUGCCGCACAACAAGACGUUAAACGGCGCCGAGGGUACCGUUCCACCCGGAAGAGUGUACAAGAAAGUCGCGAUCGUGGAGAACUUCUUCGACAUUAUUCAUGCUGUCCAUGUUGACCUUGAGGGUCGUCCGGGAAAGCAUGCCGGUCAAAAGAGAACGUACAGGACGAUCACGGAAACCUACGCGUUCCUGCCCCGAGAGGCGGUAACACGAUUUCUGCUGGGCUGCACGGAAUGUCAACGACGCCCGCGUACCCCGAGCCCGACGAAUUUAUCCAACCAAUCGCAGUCCACGUCUGCGGCGACGCUAACGACGACGACGACAUUGACGUCUACGGCGACACCGUUGAGCCCUAACACAGCCGGCGCUGCUACCCUAACCACGACGUCUACGACGUCGGUGCAAAGUAGCCCUAAGCUGCGCGAGGGAAAUCACGGCGGCGAUGGGAAGCCGCUGUAUAGUUACAGGCAUCAGAAACAUCAAAAGGGGAACAACGCCGGUAGUUCGGUGGUCGUGGACAAAACCGAUAAGGAGAAGGAGGAGAAGUACAAUCCCCUGAGUAUUACGAAUUUGCUGAAGAAGGAGCCAGUCACCGGUGGUUUUUUGCCGAGCGCAGACACCAGCCUGCCGGAAUCAAGAAGGACCCCAGAGUCGGAUCGGGCAAGUUCGAGAAGUUCGGCCUCGUCGAAGAGGAAAAGGAUGUUGCCAGAGGGUCGAACGCCAUCCCCUCAGCCCAGCCAACCGUUGCCAAGGCCGUGGAGCCCUGGACUCGAUCCUAAGAACACGCCCAUCGACUACAGUCUUCCCAUCACUACCUCGUACCUGAAGCAUCAGCAGAGGCUACUGCAAGCGGAGAAAAAAGCCGCCGCGAUGAAGGAGUCCGAACUUGAACAGAAAAUGACCGUUCUCCCUUCCGACGAGAUCGAAAACGUCGAAAGGGACAGAUACUCACCGGCCACAGGAUUGAUCGACACCAAUUUAAAUCUACUGGCUACCAUUCAGCAUCUACACUGUCAAGUGAUGCUAGCACUGACAGAAAGGCUUAGACCGUCGAUGACGAUCCCAAGCCCGCUUGUUCUACCAUCGAUGACCAAUGUACUGUCCAACGGUAUAAUGAUGGGCUCCGAGGUGUCUGUGCAGACUGGCGAGAAUCACACGUGAAAAG